GGUCUGGGAGUUCGUGACAAAGAUCUGAUCCGUGUACUGGUCUCACGUGCUGAAACCGACUUGGCCACCAUUCAAAUGGAAUACGAACGGCUUUUCAACAAAUCCCUCGAACAGGUGAUCCGCGACGAAUGUAAAGGUGACUAUCGAGACGCACUACUGCGCAUCGUCAAAGGCAACAGAAGUCGCUACUGA